AUUUAUGGAGGUGCAUAUGUCAGUAAAGCAACCACAAUCUGAAUCAUAAAUAUGCCCCUACACAUAACGAAACCGAAAAAAGCCGGAAAAAUACCACCUGAUCAACAUAGGCCUAUGACUUCACUGGAAAUGCCACAAAUGAUAAGGAUAUAAGUGCGCUCUACCGCUCAUAUGAACAUCAGACCAUUGCAUAACAUUUAAAGAUGCAAGAUACACAUAGGCCUACGCUAGAAAUGACACCAGAGGAAGGUGGAGUUAUUUCCACAAGACGCCGUGAUGAACGGCGGCAUAUCUUGCUUUCGUCGACCGGGGAAUCAGUGGUCGAGGCUGACAAGAUCUUUUCUAUUCCAACUUUAGGCAUUGAUAUCAGCGAGGUGUACAGAAAUGGAACUUAUUAUUGUAUGGUACACGCUGUCAAUGAAGACAAAGGUUUGGGAUUACAGAAAAAUGACGAAAUACUCGCCAUACGACUCGAAAAGGAGUUUGUAUCUCUUUCUAAAGAUAUCGCGGAACUUUUCAACAAAGACGUCGUUGAGAUGGAUACUUUUGUGUUGAUAAUUCGCAGACUCAAUAAAGAAUCGGAAGAGGAAGUAGAAUUCCUUUACUACAAAAUCGAAGUUAAAGUUGACAUUUUGAGGGGUAGAGGAGGAGAGGAUAUUAUAAACUUCGUUGUGUCGAGAUCGCUGCUUGCAGUGAUUGACAUCGUCAUUCCCGGUCACGGAGAGAUAUCUGAUGUCAAAUCCGGCACUGUUACAACUUGCAAUAUCAAAAGCCUGCAGUCCGGAGAUUUCAUAGCACCAAACGCCAGUGGUCAACCUGUUGACACCCCUCAUCAGCACAAACUGCAAGUUUUGUCUUAUUCGGGAACCGACAACAGACGAGAUCAAGAUGGAAACGUUGUUUAUGUGUUUAUCAUAAAAGACUCAUCGAACGGCCACGUGCUGUGUGUUGACGGUGAUGGAGUUAAGUUUGAGGGAACAAAUGUGCCAAACAGUGCGGAGAUUCGAUCAAAGACAACUGUGCAGAAUUCGUAUUUCCUCGGUCGCCGAUACAAUGAGAAUAUCUGGUACUUCGAAUCCCUGAUUAAACCAGGUUACUUUCUCAACAGCACAGACACCGAGGUCACACUCAAAAAGUUACACAUCAAUACGCGCCAACCGCUUGAGCAAGAUGUGUUGUUCCAGUUGUUUCGUCGAAACGAAAGAGGGCGCCACAAGCUUUUGACCAUGACUGGCAACGAAUUUGUUGAGGCUGAGGAAGACCACGACCGUGUCAACAAGCCCAUGUGGAGGGAAUGUUUUGGUUUUUUAUGUUGUUGUCGUCGUUAUUAACGCUCGAGCUUGCGUUGUUUGCUGUGUUAUGUGGACCACAGUCACCCCCGCAGAUCCUAACUUUCAGUAGACACUGAAAGCUAACCUACCGUACAAGCCGCACGUGGGUCUGAUUAAUUAUUGGCCAGUUCGUGAACAUUUGAUGUUACAUAGACAAUGCUUUGAAGCGAUUUCAAGAGUAUCUUUAUUUAAAAUGAGUUUUGAAAUCGCCUUUUUCAGUUGAAUUUCGACGUGUGAAGUUGUUGCAUGGUAUCAUUUCUUUUUUAUGCAGUUAGGGUAUAGGUUAUCAAAGAAAGUUGAGAUCUGGUAAUAAAAGGUCUACAUAAUGGUUGUUUGGACGAAUUUUAAAAUUAUUAAGUAUAUAUUUGACGACAAUGACUAAGUAAGCAUGUGAUCAUUUCAUGGAUAUCAAUCAAAAAAAGGUAUUUCUGGCAUUUAUUUAUUUAUAUUUUAUAUAUUAGAACAUUGAUUAUAUGACUCAGUAUUUGCCAUAGCAUUUAUUAUUUUCGUAUUGACUCAGACGCCUUUUAGGUGUCUCUUUAAGAUGACUGAUUUUUUUCUUUUCCUUUUUCAUAAUGGCAGCGAAUGACAGUGGGACCGGUAUUGCUUUUUCAGUUAUGUGUUUAGUUGACGUCAGAAUGGAAAAAACUGAUUGAUCUGCCAGAAUUAAGUGGUUUAUCAAAAGAAAUGGUAGGAAUACGUGACUGCAAUGGAAAGUAAAUUUUUUUCUUUGGUAUUAGCUGAAUCUUAAAAACAUUGACAAACUCGAAUCAAAAGUUACCGGUGCUAAGAAACCGAGCGUCUGUGUAACCUGGGGCCCACCAAGGUGAAGGGCCUAACAGAGUGUCCGCCCUCCAUAUAUAGCUUAGCAUUAGCGUGACUAAAUGAGUCAAAACCUUAGACGGUUUUUUCCUGCGUACGGAUGGAUGUGAACCAGACCCUAUAUCGCAGAUUACUGUCUCACAUGACACUGAUCCAUUCCGAGUUAUGAGUCUACUGACUUUAUAUUUGUAUUAAUCGUAGUAUUAGGUUGUAAAAUGUGUUCCAUUUAUCUUUUUUAUACAAUAGCAGCGAUAAAAUUUGUAUUUUUACUGUUUGUGAUAAAAGUGCAUGAUAAGAGAUGAAUGAUGCAUAUGUUAUACAUGUGCACGUGUUUAGAACGUGUCCCAAAGCACUCAUAGUACCUAUCUUGAAUGUCUCUAACCAGUGUUAAAACGUUCUAGAACAAAUAGGCUUAACAAGUGCCAAAUAAUAUGGGGUGUGGUAGCAUGGCCAAAUAUCAUCUUCCAGGUCACUGCAUUUUGGAAAACAAAAGUCUUUCUAAAAUCAAACUCCUUCAAUACGAAAUAACAUGUAUAAGUUGCUACGUUUGGUGUCAUUGGGGAUCGGUUGGCAGACGCCCGAGCCCACCCGUUUCCUAUACAUUAUACUGCUAAGUACCCCCUUUGCAUCACUUCUGUCCUCUCAGUGGUGUUUUUGCAGCAUCUUAUGUUUUUUCAAUUAUAUUCAACGUGUGUGUGUAUAUGCUUUUGACAGACUUUGAAAUAUGUCCUUUUUCAUUAUUUUUGUAUUUUCUAAAAUUGAUGCCAGUCUUUUUUUAGUUUGUUUCCCCGGCUAUGAAUGUGGGGGUCUAAUGAUUUUAUGCCUGGCGUUAUUGUAAUUAAGUUCAUUCUAUUACAAUAACGCCAGGCAUUAUUGUAAUAAAGUUCAUUUUGCUUUUUUUUUUCAGAAAAUAGCAGCGGCCGAGCUGCCGUUUCAUUUGCUGGUCAGAAUGUUAUACUAUUUUAUACCGUGAUACGUCGUAUCACAUAUUAUGAAAGUCAUUUUUUGUGCGAUUAGUGUCAAUAAAAUAAUAAC